AUGUUGGUGCAGUUCUACACGGCCAUCAUCGAGUCCAUCCUCACCUCCUCCAUCACCCCCUCCAUCACCCCCUCCAUCACCUCCUCCAUCACCUCCUCCAUCACCUCCUCCAUCACCCCCUCCAUCACCUCCUCCAUCACCUCCUCCAUCACCUCCUCCAUCACCUCCUCCAUCACCUCCUCCAUCCCCGUGUGGUUCGCUGGAGCCACAGUCAGGGACAAGCGGAGACUAAAGUGCAUUGUCCGCAGCCUCCCAUCGCUGCAGGACCUGACCACCCCACGCCAAGCAGGACCACCCCACGCCAAGCAGGACCACCCCACGCCAAGCAGGACCACCCCACGCCAAGCAGGACCACCCAACGCCUACCAGCACCACCCCACGCCUACCAGGACCACCCCACGCCUACCAGGACCACCCCACGCCUACCAGGACCACCCCACGCCUACCAGGACCACCCCACGCCUACCAGGACCACCCCACGCCAACCAGGACCACCCCACGCCAACCAGGACCACCCCACGCCUACCAGGACCACCCCACGCCAACAAGGACCACCUCUUGUACUCCUGUCCCAAACUGUAA